AUGAAAGACAAGCUCGAUGAACUGAAGAAUUAUGACGGAGUCAAAAAUUGUUCCUCUGAGUUGAUUGCAAGUGAAUUGGUUCCUUCAUAUGUUGUCAAGACCUUCCUUUUCCCUGGUGCCUUUGCCAAGUCUCUAUUUGCUGCUGGCUCCUCCAACUAUCACAACUUGUUCACCUCGUACGGUUUCGACCACAUUUAUCCAUUCUCCUUUUCAACUGAUAUUCAUCAUCUCGAGGUCUUUGCUGGGAGUUGUUUAUGUCUGCUUGGUGCUUUACUGAACCUCUUCAAACCCACAAGGAUUAGCUUCCUCGGAACGCUUUUGAUAUACUGGGGUCUUGUCAGAGACAUUCUUCUCUUGGACUCUGCUCAUGAUUGGAUUACCGCACAGAGAAACUCUGUUCGUGUCUACCCGACGCUCUUUCUUGCAUCCCUUUCUGCGUUUCUCUCCAUGCGAAGCGACCUCAGGAAGAUCAUCCGAUGUUGCAGAUCUAUGCCCUCCUUAUCCACCAAAGGAGACUAGGCUUCUUCUGCUCACUAACUUUAUUCAAUAGACAGAUUCCAGUGACA